UUUAGGGCUCAAGCAAGAACUCCAACCUCUAUAAUCUGGAACUAGAGAAGAUAUCACUGAAGCAGCAAACAAUUCACAAUUGAGAAAAAAUGAGAAAAACCCUCGCUCGUCCCCACGUUUAAUUCCAUCAACGUCGGAUAUCAUGGUCGACCAAGCUCAUAAACCGGAAGAAACAGCCCUUCCGAACAACUUACAGCAACACCACAAACAAGACGAAGAACGACAACAACAACAACAAUCAGUACUAGAAAAUGCAGAAUAUGAAGAUGAAGAAUUACAUAAGCUUCUAGUCCCUGACGUAACCCAACUUCCUCUUACUCCCUCAUCUGCUGUUGAAUCCAACUUUGCCUCUUACUUUGCUCCAGAUUUUAUGAAACCAGGGAACGAUCAGUAUGUUUAUCGACAUCCGAAUGGAUUGUGUGUUGUUGGCUUGGCUUCGACUCACUCGGCAUUUAAGGAUAAAGGUGAGGUUUCUGCCGUUGAUUUCAAUGUUGGUAAAUCCGAUCGCAGUGGUAUGAAAGUCACCGGAAAGAGAAAGAAGAAUGCUCAACACUUCGAGUCCAAUACAGCUUUGUGCAAAGUUUGUACCAGUGAUGAUUCAUAUAUUAUAAGGUCUUGUGUUAAAGGCUCCCUUUUGGAGGUGAAUGAAAGAUUGAUCAAACAGCCAGACCUGCUUAAUUCGUCAGCAGAUAGAGAAGGAUACAUAGCAAUUAUAAUGUCAAAGCCAGCAGACUGGCUUAAGGUGAAGUCUUCCUUGUUGAGCCUUGAAGAAUUGAAGAAAUUGAGAGAAGCCGGCUCUAUACUUCCAUCACAUAAUUCAAGCUGA